AUGCCUCCGGAAUUCCGCAAAAAGUACUUUCCCAAGGUUACUGGGAGCGAACUAGAGGCCUUUCAACGCGGACCCUUUGGUGAUGCUGCCCUGAGGCGUCACGAGGCAGAGGUUCCCACCCCCUCACCCAGAAUCGAAGCCCCACGAGCUCUGCGUGCAGUCUACCAAGAGUUACUGCCACACAAUCUCGACCCGCGCUACAGGGAUCGUCUGCGUGAGCGUCUGGAACGACGCGAAAUGAUGCUCCGACGAAGGCACCUCAAAAUACCCGAAUUUUAUGUUGUUGAAGCUCUUGGUUUUCUGCGGAGUUGCGCUGCCGGAAAUCGUGACCGUUAUAGACUUUGCGUCCGGGCCCUCUUUCGUUGCCGCCAUGACGUCCCUCGUGGGCACUUU